AUGACGGUCUCCUACUCACUGGAGGUGGCCAAUGCCAGGUUUGGUGGCUUCUCCAAGCUGCUGUUCAGGUGGAAGGGAAGCAUCUACAGGCUGCUUUAUAAGGAGUUGCUGGUGUUUUGUGGGGUUUAUCUGUUUUUCAGUGUGUUUUACAGGUUCCUCCUCACUCCAAAGCAGCAGGAUCUCUUUGAACGUAUUGCCAUGUACUGUAAUCAGUUCACCAACACCAACUUCAUCCCAGUUUUGUUUGUAUUAGGUUUCUAUGUGACCCUGGCCUUUAACCGAUGGUGGGGUCAGUACACCAGUUUCCCGUUGCCUGACAACCUGAUGAUGGUUGUGUCUGGAAACGUCCACGGAUCAGAUGAGAGAGGUCGGCUGCUGCGACGGACACUCAUGAGAUAUGCCAACUUAUCUUCAGUUCUUAUCCUCCGCUCCAUUAGCACAAGAGUUCACAAACGUUUUCCAACUUUGGAGCACAUUGUUGAGGCUGGAUUUAUGACGACACAUGAGCUAAAACUGUUGGAGUCACUUGAGUGUAAUUUCAACAAAUACUGGAUGCCUUUGACGUGGUUUUCUAACCUGGCAUCCAGAGCCCGAGAGGAGGGUCGAGUGAGAGAUGACAUAGCAUUGAGACUGCUGAUGGACGAGCUUAAUAAUUACAGAGCCAAAUGCAGCCUCCUGUUCCACUAUGACUGGAUAAGCAUUCCUCUGGUCUACACCCAGGUUGUUACAAUAGCAGUCUACUCGUUUUUUGGCUUCUGCGUGAUUGGUCGACAAUUUCUGAAUCCCGAGAAGGGAUACAAGGACCACGCUCUGGACAUGUACGUGCCUGUUUUCACUCUGCUGCAGUUCUUCUUCUACACGGGCUGGCUCAAGGUUGGAGAGCUUAUCAUCAAUCCAUUUGGUGAAGAUGAUGAUGACUUUGAAACCAACCAGCUGAUUGACAGAAACAUUGAGGUGUCAAUGUUGGCUGUGGAUGACAUGUACCAGAACUUGGCUCCACUUGUGAAGGACAAGCACUGGACACAGAAACAUUUCUCUGUCCCUUACACUUUGUCAACGGCAGCAGAGAUGCUCAAACCUGCCUUUAAAGGCUCCACCUUUGAUAUGAGGAUGAGUGUAGAGGAUCUGGAGAUUCAUCACCCUGCAGAAGGUCCUGUAAAGACACAGUAUUUUCCUCUUAAAGGAUCUCUGGGGGAUGGAUUGGACAAACUUCUGCAAAAGGGCAAAGGCAUCCUGCGUGGUGCAAGCCUCCCAUCUCUGUUGGAUAUUUCACCACAUCCAAAUCAGGAUGAGGAUGAUGAUGAUUCUCCUGAUGGUGAUAUUAAACUCUCCAAUCACAAAGUGGAAGAAAACGCACUGAUUAGAAUUGAAAUAGAUCAAGAAAAGUAAAAUGAUCUAACAUGCUACUGCUAA